AUGAGGGUGUGUGGAGGAAAAGUCUUGGCACAUACUGCUGCUAUAUGUUCAACAUGUAGUAGUUUGGUUGGUGCAAUUACCAUGGACAUAAGCUCUGACGACAGUAUCAAGACUGCAGCGUCCGAUGUUGCCUACGACAUGAUGAAAUAUUACACGGGAAAUCACACCGGAGAUGUCGCUGGUAACUUACCGGACCCCUAUUACUGGUGGGAAGCAGGAGCCAUGUUUGGUAUAAUGGUCGACUAUUGGUAUUAUACGGGGGACACUACCUAUAAUGCUGAAGUAAAAGAAGCACUCUUACAUCAAGCUGGCGACGAUUUUGAUUUCAUGCCCACGAACCAGACUAAAACCGAAGGAAACGAUGAUCAGGGCUUUUGGGGAAUGGCUGCUAUGACAGCAGCAGAGGCAAACUUCGAUAAUCCGGACUCCGGGACACCUGGCUGGUUAGCAAUGGCACAAGCAGUCUUCAACGAUAUGGCAUCUCGAUGGGACGAUUCAACAUGUGGAGGGGGAUUGAGAUGGCAGAUCUUCACAUUUAAUUCCGGAUAUGAUUAUAAGAACAGUAUUGCGAAUGGUUGUUUCUUUAACCUAGGAGCUAGGUUGGCAGCAUAUACCGGAAAUUCAUCAUAUGCCGACUGGGCCGAGAAAGUCUAUGAUUGGCAAACAAGUAUUGGAUUGAUCGGUGAUGGUUAUGAAGUCUAUGAUGGAUCAUCCGAUACUACGAAUUGCAGCACGAUCGACCAUGUACAGUGGACAUACAACGCCGGUAUAUAUCUUUUUGGGUCUGCCAUGAUGUAUAAUUACACCAAUGGAUCAUCAAUUUGGGAAACCCGUACAACAGGCCUCUUGAACGCUACUAGCGUCUUCUUUAAAGACGAUGUCAUGUUCGAAGCAGCAUGCGAAAACACCAGCGUCGGUUGCGACACCGACGAACAAACUUUCAAAGCCUACCUUUCUCGUUGGAUGGCCGCCACCAGUAAAAGCGCCCCAUUCACCGAAUCUACAAUUAUGACCUACAUCAACGCAUCCGCCCAAGCCGCCGCCAAGCAAUGCGACGGGGGUGCGAGUGGAAGAGCUUGUGGAGAGCAUUGGACCGCAGGAAGCACAUAUGAUGGAAAAUACGGAGUCGGAGAACAAAUGAGCGCACUGAGCAUCAUCCAAGCGACACUCAUCGGAACCGCUGCAAAUCUCGUCACGAUGAAUACAGGUGGAACCAGUGUAGGAAAUGCCGCGGGCGGAAGUGGAAGCAGUACGAAUAGUGAUGGCACGGUCGAUACUCCGGUCACCAGUGGAGAUAAAGCCGGAGCAGGAUUCUUAACGGCGGUUAUGGUGGUGGGUGUACUUGGGGGAGUAGGAUUUAUGGUUAUGGGUUGA